ACCAAUUAAGAGCAGGCAGAGCUGGAGAAGCGCGUGCUGGAGUCAAAACUCUCGGCAGCUGUUGGUUGGCUCUGAUGGCGAGCAACGGCGACGAGGCUACCGCAGGGGUGGUCGGGAAGGUGACCUGCGCGGCGUGGAUAAAGCGGCCGGCCGUGUCCAGCAGCCGCAGUCUCCUCGUGGUGUACGGCCACGGCGCCACUGCCUCGUCCCCGCCGUUCCUCGACCUCCUCGCCUUCGACACCAGGGCGUGCGAGCUCGCCUCCGAGCCCCUGCUGAGGGUCGUGAUGGGCGAGGAGGGAGCCGACGCGGACACGCCGCGCGCCAUCGCCGUGCACCCCGCCGGCGACGAGUUCGUCUGCGCCACCGCCAAAGGCUGCAGGCUGUUCAAGCUGGUCUAUGAUGACUUCUGUAUCAACCUUGUUUCGAGAGAUUCCUCGGCACUCCAAUCAGUUGGGCCUCAGCGAUGUUUGGCAUUCAGUACUGAUGGUACCAAGUUUGCUAUUGGUGGUGAGGAUGGACAUCUAAGAAUAUUUCACUGGCCAAGCCUCACUGUGCUUUUAGAUGAACCUAAAGCUCAUAAAUCCUUCAGGGACAUGGACAUCAGCUUGGAUUCAGCGUUUUUAGUAUCAACUUCAACUGAUGGUUCUGCAAGAAUAUGGAAGAUUGAUGAGGGAGCUCCACUCCUAAAUCUGACAAGAUCUUCGGAUGAAAGGAUUGAGUGUUGCCGCUUUUCUAGGGAUGGGAAGAAACCUUUUCUGUUUUGCACACUUGUAAAAGGAAAUGAUAUCGUGACUAUGGUUUUGAGCAUAAGUAACUGGAAGAGAAUUGGAUACAAAAGACUCCUGCGAAAGCCCAUUUCAACACUUUCAGUUAGCUUGGAUGGCAAGUAUCUCGCACUAGGAAGCCGUGAUGGCGACUGUUGUGUUGCCGAUGUACAGAAGAUGCAAGUUUCUCACCUGAUCAAGAAGGUCCAUCUUGGCUCCCCAAUUUCCUCCAUUGAAUUUUGCCCUACUGAAAGGAUUGUGAUCUCCACCUCGCAUCAAUGGGGAGCAGAGAUAACGAAGCUCGACGUCCCUGCCGACUGGAGAGUUUGGCAAAUCUGGCUGGUAUUCUUGAGCCUCUUCGUGACGUCGGCGAUCCUGUUCUACACGUUCUUCAAGCACACAAACCUGGUGUAACCCCAUAGGGUGCACAUUUCGGAGCAACGAUCCUCUAGUGUCUGAAUUCUGAUGAUCAGAGUCCAUGCCUAACAUUGAUAAUGUGCCUUAUCCUCUGUUUUUUUUCUGACACAAUGGCUCGUCCUCAUGAGCCCUUGCAUUGUAUGACCAAAUGGUUUUGUGUCUGAAAUGAUCAUUGUUUUCUAGUAUCGAACCCUAA